GGAUCCGGCGGCUAGAGUUUCCUCUUCAUUGUAUGCCCGGCGGCUAGAGCGUCCUCCUCACCUCCUAUACUCUGCAGCCCUGGCGGCUAGAGCGUCCCUCCUCGGGAGCCGCGUGUGACCUUCCCGCCCGCGGAGCGAUGCUGCCGGCGGCUGCUCGCCCCCUGUGGGGGCCGUGUCUCGGGUUUCGGGGCACCACGCUCCGCCUCGCCAGGCAACAGGCGCCGCGUGUCUGCACCGUGCGGCUGAUGAGAUGCAGCAGCCAUCGCCGGGGAGAGGCUCUUGCCGGUGCACCCCUGGAUAACGCCCCCAAGGAGUACCCCCCCAAGAUCCAGCAGCUGGUCCAGGACAUUGCCAACCUCACGCUCCUGGAGAUCUCAGACCUCAACGAGCUCCUGAAGAAAACAUUGAAGAUACAGGAUGUUGGAGUCAUGCCGAUGGGCAGUGUGAUGCCGGGAGCUGCCCCUACCGUGGAAGCGCCCGAGGCAGUGGAAGAAGAUGUCCCCAAACGGAAAGAACAGACUCAUUUCACGGUCCGCCUGACCGAGGCAAAGCCCGUGGACAAAGUGAAGCUGAUCAAGGAGAUCAAGAACUAUGUGCAGGGCAUAAACCUUGUGCAGGCAAAGAAGCUGGUGGAGUCUCUGCCCCAGGAAAUCAAAGCCAACGUCGCCAAGGCCGAGGCGGAGAAGAUCAAGGCGGCCCUGGAGGCUGUGGGCGGCACCGUGGUUCUGGAGUAGGCCAGCCCCGGGACUUGUGGACAGGGGUCCCUGGGACUCGGGCAAGGCCCCGCUGCUCGCUCCAACACCCAGGAGGCCUCAGAAGAGGCUUUGGAGCAGAACUUCGCGUGGCAGCUCGGCUCUGGGACACACUCAUGGACCUACUGAGGCGGGAGGGGCCGCGCGCCUGUGAGAGCCCGCGGCCGGACUCUGAACGGGGCCUCCAUGCAACGUGCCCCCCGGUGGCCGCUGAGAAAAAUACACAGUUAAGGCCCUGUG